CCCCCUCCUCCCUCCCCCCCCCCCCCCCCUCCCCUCUCGCCCUUCUUCUGCACAGCACUCCCCUUGCCUUCCGCCCUCGUCGCCCCUCGCUCUUCAUUUGGGCCGUUUCCUGUUAGACCCGCCCCGCGCCCCUCUUCCCGGGCUUCACUUCUUCGCCAUGAGCCGCAUCUACGUUGGCGGGCUGUCCUCCGACACCCAGGAGAACGAUCUCCGCAGCCAGUUCGACAAGUUCGGCGCCAUCAACGACAUUCGCCUGGUGUCCAACAACCGCUCCACCUUCUGCUUCAUCGACUACAACAGCCCGUCCGAGUCCGAGGAGGCCGUCCGCCAGAUGAACCGCCAGAACUUCCUCGGCUCCUUCAUCCGCGUGGAGGUCUCGCACUCCAAGGAGGGCAGCCGCGGUGCUCGCACCACCCCCGGCAUCCGCCACAGCGACUUCCGCAUCAUCAUUGAGAACAUCUCGCCGGCUGUCAGCUGGCAGGAUCUGAAGGACCACUUCCGCCCGAUCGGUGAGGUCCUCUUCGCUGAUGUCGUUGGCGGCGAGGGCUUCGUCGAGUUCGAGACCGAGGACGACAUGGAUCGCGCCAUCCGUGAGUUCGACAACACCCCGAUCAAGGACCAGGUGGUGACCAUCAAGCGCGACACCGUGCCGCGCAACUUCGGCCCGCCGGUCCGCCGCCGUGAGUCCGGCCCCCGCCGUGGUGGCGGCCCGCGUCGUGAUUACGACCGCGAGUAUGACCGGGGCUAUGACCGUGACCGUGACUACGAUCGCCGCGACCGUGACUACGGCCGUGACUAUGAUCGCUACCGCGACCGCGACUACGAUCGCGACCGCGACUACGAUCGCGACCGCGACUAUGACCGCUACCGCGACCGUGACUAUGACCGCCACCGCGAUCGCGAUUACGACCGCCACCGCGAUUACGACCGCCGCGACCGCGACUACGGCCGCGACCGCGACUACGAUCGCGACUACGAUCGCGACUAUGAUCGCCGCUCUCGCAGCGGCCGCAGCCGUAGCCGCAGCCGCUCGCCCAUUGCCUCGCGCGGGCGCUCUCCCUCUCCCGGCCCGGCCCGUGGGCGCUCCCCCUCGCCUGGUGGCUACUCGCGCCCGGCGGCCGACAACAGCCCCAAGGACUAA